AUGGACAACAGGACAGAAGUGACACAGUUCAUCCUUCUAGGACUAACCAAUGCCCCAGAACUGCAGGUCCUCCUCUUUAUAAUGUUCACUCUCAUUUAUCUCACCAAUAUGGUUGGAAAUCUGGGUAUGAUCCUGUUGAUUCUCAUGAACUCUCAUCUACACACUUCCAUGUAUUAUUUUCUCUGUAACCUGUCUCUGGUAGACUUGUGUUACUCCUCAGCUGUCACUCCCACAGUCAUGGCUGGGUUUAUUACAGCAGACCAGGUCAUCUCCUACAAUGCAUGUGUUGCUCAGAUGUUCGCUUUUGCAGCCUUUGCCACUAUGGAAACAUUUUUCUUGGCAGCAAUGGCAUAUGAUCGCUACGCAGCAGUGUGCAAACCCCUACAUUACACUACCACCAUGACGACAAGUGUGUGUGCAUGUCUGAUCAUAGGCUGCUACGUCUGUGGUUUCUUGAAUGCCUCCAUCCAUGUGGGGAACACAUUCCAUCUCUCUUUCUGUAUGUCCAAUGUGGUCCAUCACUUUUUCUGUGAUAUUCCAGCAGUCAUGGUUCUGUUUUGCUCUGAUAGGCAUGUGAGUGAGCUGGUUCUUCUUUAUGUAGCUAGCUUCAAUGUCAUUUUUGCUGUCCUAGUUAUCUUGAUAUCCUACCUAUUCAUAUUUAUCACCAUCCUAAAGAUGCACUCAUCUGCAGGAUACCAGAAGGCUUUAUCCACCUGUGCCUCCCACCUCACUGCAGUCUCCAUCUUCUAUGCGACAGUCAUCAUCAUGUACUUACAGCCCAGCUCCCGUCAUUCCAUGGACACAGACAAAACAGCAUCUGUGUUCUAUACUAUGAUCAUCCCCAUGCUCAACCCUGUGGUCUAUAGCCUGAGGAACAAGGAGGUCAAGAGGGCAUUCAAGAAGGUUCUUUUGGAGGCAAAAUUGUCUCUAGGUUUAGAAUUUUAA